AUGGAUACACUAUCACCAAUAAUACUACAAUCAAUCAUAAAGCUACUGGACCCAUCAUCUUCAAGUUCUUCAUCUUCAUCAGGUUCAUCAGCGAUUAAUGUGCUCGCAUUCGCCUUGACUUGCAAGUCAAACUACAAACAUCUCUAUAAAUGUUCAACAAGAUGGUUGACCUUUGUCAAUGCCAAGGAGGGCAUGACCAACCACAACCUGCCGUCUCCACCAUCAUCAUCAUCAUCAUUUCAAACAACAUGGAUAUAUGAUGUUGAUGAAAGAUCAAGGAACAUUGUGCCUGGCACUCUACCAUCAACACUGACACGUCUAGAGAUGGGCGAUUCCUUCAGCGCAGAGAUCAACGCCAAUACAUUCCCAAAGUCACUGCUCGAACUCAGUCUUGGAUUCAUAUUUGAUAGACAUAUCGCCCCGGGUACACUACCGAGCUCCAUCACAGUGUUGAGGUUUGGCGCACACUUUAGCCAACAACUUGAGGCCGGCUCACUUCCACCUUGCCUCGUAAAGCUCAUACUCGGUCAUGAGUACAGACACGGGAUCAAGCGUGGAUUGCUACCAAAGACACUGCAAUACCUUGACCUGGGUCAGGACUUUCAGGUGCCGCAUAGCAAUCCCAAUCUAACACGUGACAUGUUCUCGUUCAACAGGGUCAAGAGAGAGAUUGAAGAUGGUGCGUUGCCAGAGGGACUUACAUACCUUGGCCUAGACGACAACUGGGCCAUCCCAACAGUGCUACCCUCAUCAAUCAAGUUAAUGCGAGUUGGAUCGGUGCGAUAUGAUCAUGAAUGGUAUGAUCGCACACUCCCAGGCACCUUUGAGGGCAUGGAAUGGAACUACAACAGCGCAGCAACAAGGAAUCUUGUCAAAGGCGUGGCUUAUCUUCCUCUCACCUGUCUACACAUGUCUAGCAUUGAUCACCAGAUCAAGCCAGGAAUGCUUCCCGACACACUCAAAGUGUUGUCGCUCGGAUAUCAAUUCGAUAAAGCACUUGUGGCUGGCGCGCUUCCAUCGUCCCUCACAUCAUUUGAUAUGGGAUGUGUGUUUGAGCAUCCUAUCAGACCAGGUGAUCUGCCCGCAUCACUACGUCGUCUUGUGAUGUCCGAUUUGUUUAACAUGAAGAUGCUGCCAGGCUCACUCCCACCAUCGCUCACCGAGCUCAUCUUGGGACGUUGUUUCGACUGCAAGUUGGACGUUGGCGUGUUGCCACCAUCCUUAACAAAGCUGAUCUUUGGCAACAACUAUGAUAUGUCCAUUGGCGUUGGCGUACUACCUCAAUCGCUGGCGGUUAUCAAGUUUGGUUCAUCAUUCUCUCAACCAAUGGCGAGUGAGGCAUGGCCUCAAUCCCUUUGGAAACUAAACAUUAACAAACUGUUCUUUGCUGGUCAGGACAACAAUGUGAGUGCCAAUGCCACGCCUCCACCACCUGGCCUUCAAUCACUGGACAUGUAUCAUCAACUUGAUCACAUACAAUAUCUUGCAUUGUGCACAUCGGUCCACACUUUGAAGGUCCACUCCAGGAUGAAACCACAACCUAUGGACAAUGGUGAUGAUCACGUGGACUCUAAGCUCGAACGAAUGAUUAUCCCAACAAAUGUCAAGACCAUCAAGUUGGACAUAAGUUCACAAGAGGCAAAGACAUAUCUUAGUAUGAUGUUGUCGGACAAUCCACAUGUUACAGCCUUCCGAAUGAAGAUGUAUGAACAAACAUUCGAUGUUCGCAUACUGGAUGAUAAUAGACAGUUGGCAGUAUGUGUAUGCAUUGUCAAUGGACUGUGCAAUGGACAUGCCAACAAGAUGACAUUCUUCCGUCUCGAUCACCUCCUGAAGACAGGUCCAGACACUACAUUCAAAGCACUCUAUCCACAUCUCCAUGAACAAGAUUAUGAUGGAGACUAUGAUGAUGAUGAUGACAUUGAUGAAGACAAUGACAUGGUUGACGAUGAUUAUAACAAUGAUGACGAUGACUAUUAUGUUGAUGAGGAAGAUGAAAUAAUAGAGGAAUCAGAAGAAGACGAUGAGUUUGAAGAAGAGGAUGAUCAAGAUGAGGAAUAA